CGCCCCCCAGCGCCAGCGCUCGCGCGCGCUCCUCAUCCGCCCUCCCGGGGGUGUGCGGCGCGCACCGGCUCUGGGCGGGGCCCUGCAGUGGCGGCGGGGCUCCUCCUCCUGCUGCUCCUCCUCCUCGCUCCCAGCACCUCCCCGACCUCCCCCUCGGGCGCUCUCGCGCUAACUGCGCUCUUCCGGGGCCCCUCUGCCCGCUGCCAGCCAUGGUGCUCUGGCGCUCGGCGUUCUUCAUCUGCCUCGCUUUCUCCUUGGCCACUCUGGUCCACAGAGGAUCUGGGGACUCUGAUUUACGUCUGGAGGAUGCAUUUGAAGAAACUUCCUCAGUAAAGCAGAGAUGGGACCAUGGCACCACUACAACCAAGAGACCAGUAGCAACCAGAGCUCCAGCCAAGCCUGCAGAUAAUGAUUUUAACUUGGCUGAUGCCUUGGAUGAUCGAAAUGAUCGAGACGAUGGCCGCAAGAAACCGAGCGCAGGAGCAGGAGGUUUUUCAGACAAGGAUCUUGAAGACAUAUUAGGCGGUGGGGAAUACAAACCUGACAAAGGUGAUGGUCGGUAUGGCAACAAUGACGACCCUGAAUCCGGAAUGUCAGCAGAGGCCGGCACAAUCGCCGGUGUGGCCAGCGCCCUGGCCAUGGCCCUGAUCGGCGCGGUCUCCAGCUACAUCUCAUAUCAGCAGAAGAAGUUCUGCUUCAGCAUCCAGCAUGCAGCAGAAGGUCAAGAGGGUCUGAAUGCAGACUACGUGAAGGGAGAGAACCUGGAAGCCGUUGUGAGUGAGGAACCCCAAGUGAAAUACCUGACGCUGCAAACGCAGUCUGCGGAGCCGCCGCCCCCCGACGCGCCCCGGAUCUGAGGGCCCCGCUCCACAGCGGGCGGACAUGGUGCCACUGCUUGCGACCGGCUCCUUGUUUCCUUUGGACCCCCAGCUGCCGUACUGCUUCGCUGUCGUCAUUGGCUUCUCGUCUUAAGUUUUCCAGAAGAGCUGUGGGUGUGUGUGAGUUUGGCUUCCAUGCCAGCCCCGCCACAGGGGCCCUGAAGACGCUCGGUGUGGAAUCCGAGAGCCGGCUCUGGCGGAGAGCCAGCACCAGCCUCGGAGUCGCCGGGCCGCCACCCCCCAGGGCCAGCCUGUCCCCGGGCCUGAAGGAGCUGGGGGCUGGGGAGACCGAGAUGAGGGAGGGCGGGAGGACCUUUUUGCUCAGGGGAUGAGACUGAACCCAGGGUCGUGUGAUCCCCCACAUGCUGCGUUGACUCAGCGUGGCCCUGGCAGUGGCCUCCAAGUGCUAUGCGUAGGGAUCCAGCAAGAACCUGGUUUGCUUGGAGCAAACCGGCGAGCAUCAGGUAACCACACACACACACACACACACACACACACCACCUAGUGGGGGUCAGGGGGUCCGG